AUGAACAAGUAUCGGAACCUUGCUUCAUUCCCACAUGUGGACAACGUUGAAAAUGAUGUUUUACGAUCACCAGACGCUGAUGCACAACCACUUCGAAAUGCAAACUCAGGCCCCACCAAAAUUCAACUCGCAGCCCGUCAGUAUGUUGCUCGAGAUUUGGAGACUUUCUACGGAGAUCCUCUUGAGUGGCCACUUUUCUACAGUACGUUUUGCAAUAGCACUGAAACGUGUGGUUUGUCAGAUGCAGAAAACUUAGCAAGAUUACAGAGAUGUCUGAAGGGCAAAGCGUUAGAUGCGGUUCGAAGUUCCCUGCUAGUGCCCGAGACAGUAUCCGAUGUAAUGGACACACUCAAAAUGUUAUUCGGUAAACCAGAAGUCCUCGUGUUUUCGCUAUUACAAAAGUUAAGAGAUACCCCUGGCCCGAAACAAGACAACGUACAAUCCAUCAUUAAUUUCGGAUUGAUGGUGAAGAACGUCGUUAAUCACAUGGUUGUUUUUAAGCUAACGGUUCAUCUGUCCGACCCUACAAUGUUAAAGGAAUUAAUCGAAAAAUUGCCAAUUCAAAUGCAAGUUGAGUGGUGUCGAUUCAAACGAGGAAAGAUGAACGUCAAUUUAGAAACAUUUAAGGAGUUUAUGAGCGAGUAUAUUGAAGUAACAUCGGAUGUGGCAUUUCCUUUGUCGGGUGGAAAGGUCAAGAAUUCAAAAGAACCUCGUGAGAAGCAAAGGUUAUUUUUACAUGCAGAUGGAAGUAAUGAUGAAUCGCAAGAAAAAAUAACGGCAAGUGUUUCCAGGCCGAUAGGAAGCAGAGAAAAAACCUGCGUCUUUUGUAACAACUCUACUCACGAAAUAGCAUCCUGCGUACGGUUUAAGGAUCUGGAAGUGGAAGAAAGGUGGAACGUAGUGAAGCACAGAAAUCUGUGCAGGGUCUGUUUGAUUCCCCAUAGAAGGUGGCCCUGUAGAUCAAAUAAAGAAUGUGAAGUUGAAGGCUGUCGCGUGCGCCACCACACCCUGCUACACUCGAGCACUGCUACGGAUAAUAACGUCUCGCAGUCUACAGAUUCGGCUAGUACAACUUACGUUUCACAUCAUAACGUACACAUUCUUACAUCUGCAUCUCUGUUCCGGUAUUUGCCAGUAGUAAUCAGAGGAGGUGAAAAAGAGAUUAAAACUGUUGCAUUUUUGGAUGAUGGCUCAUCUUCUUCACUCCUUGAUGCCAAAAUCGCCGAAGCCAUUGGUUUAGAAGGGGUCUCGGACUCGUUUUUCCUAAGUUGGACAAGUAAUAUUUCCAGGGAGGAGAAAAAUUCGAAACGCGUGGCGAUCGAGCUUCGAAGUAUUAACGCCAAACAAGGUUUCAAAUUGGGGAAUGUCCGCACCGUUAACGAAUUGAAAUUACCACGGCAAUCUUUGGACUACGACGAAAUGCAGAAACAUUAUCCACAUCUAAGGGGUCUUCCCGUGGAGAGUUACGACGAUGUUUCUCCUGGAAUUAUCAUCGGAAUUGAACAUGUACAUCUGUUAACCCAGUUGAAAAUCAGAGAAGGUCGACAAGGUGAACCAGUGGCAGUUAAGACUCGGAUCGGUUGGUGUGUUUUCGGAAAACAGUUAUCGUUCCUUGAUGAAGCCCAACAACUCCACGUGCAUUGCGACGAGUAUAUGGACAAUAUGAGUCUUCAUCAACAAAUGAGUAAAUUCUACGGUAUCGAAGAAGCCAGUACUAUCGCCGCACCCCAAUCAGAUUCGGACAAGUUGGCGGUAGAAAUCUUAAAUAAAACCACCUUGCGCCUACAGGACCGUUUUGAAACAGGGCUUCCAUGGAAAUUCAAAUACCCAGAUUUCCCGGAAAGUUUUGAAAUGGCAAAGCGUAGGAUGGUUUCCUUGGAGAGACGAUUGCAGAAAAAUCCACAAUUAGCUUUUGCAGUUCAGCAGCAAGUGAGUAGCUAUUUGGAGAAAAAUUACGCUCAUAUCGCCACGAAAGAAGAGUUAGCUAAAACCAACCCCAGGCGCGUCUGGUAUUUACCUCUGGGAGUCGUCCAAAAUCCGAAAAAACCUGGAAAAGUAAGGCUGAUAUGGGAUGCCGCUGCUCGGGUGAAUAACAUCUCCUUUAACGACAUGCUACUGACAGGGCCUGAUCUGUUGACUUCGUUGCCUUGUAUCCUGUUGCGAUUUCGACAGAGGAAUAUUGCUGUGUGUGGUGACAUCAAGGAGAUGUUCCACCAAAUUCGAAUUCGUGCUCAAGAUAGUCAGUCGCAGCGUUUCCUGUAUCGAGCGAAUCCUAAAGACCAGCCUCAAGUGUAUGUAAUGGAUGUGGUAACAUUCGGAGCGACUUGCUCUCCAUUCAUUUCGCAAUUCAUUAAGAACAAAAACGCUAGAGACCAUGCCGUAGAUUACCCGGAAGCAGCUGAGGCAAUAAUCAAGAAUCACUACAUGGAUGAUUAUUUGCAAAGUUUGGACACAGUUGAAGAAGCAGUGACUCGAGUACUAGAUGUCAAAUAUGUACAUGCAAGGGGAGGCUUCGAAAUUCGGAAUUUUCUCUCCAAUUCACCGGAAGUACUGACACAAAUUGGGGAGUCAAAAUUAUCUGAAAAGAAAUCGUUAAAUUUGGAGCCAGGCGUCGAAGAGUCCGAUAGAGCCGAGCGGAUACUAGGAAUGAUGUGGUUACCUGCGUCCGACCACUUAACGUUCAGUACUGGUUUAUACGCUGAAAUAUCGAAGUUUGUUGGAGGAGAAUUUAAACCUACCAAGCGUCAGGAGAUUUGGAAGCACGGAUCAGAAUGGGACGAACAAAUUCCGGAUGAACUGUUUGAAAAAUGGAAUCAAUGGAGUGAACUUCUGAAAGAUUUGGAUGUGGUACGUGUUCCUCGUUGCUUCUUCAGUGGAAUGGUAAGUAACGAGUUUGAAAGUCUCCAAUUGCAUAUGUUCGUGGAUGCAAGUGAAGCUGCAUAUGCCUGCGUAGCUUAUUUGAGAGUUUUACAUCACAACGUUCCUCGAUGUGCAUUUGUAACCGCCAAAACAAAAGUUGCACCUUUACGCCCUCUGUCCAUUCCACGUCUUGAACUUCAAGCUGCUCUCAAAGGCAGCAGAGAAAUGAAUAACAUUUGCUCGUCUUUAGAUCUGCAUAUCAAACAGCGUUUUCUAUGGACCGAUUCACAAACAGUGCUUGCUUGGCUACGUUCAGAUAGCAGAAAGUACCACCAGUUUGUUAGCUACAGGGUAGGAGAAAUUUUAAGCACCACGACUAUUAGUGAAUGGCGAUAUAUUCCUUCCAAGCUCAAUGUAGCCGAUAAGGCCACCAAAUGGGACAGUGGACCCGAAUUCUCUCCCGACAGUAUUUGGUUCAAGGGACCUUCAUUUCUACUUGACCCAGAGUCAGAAUGGCCACAAGAUAAAAAAGUUAACCCCACCACACAGGACGUGAGAAUUCAUUUUCUACACCACUUUGAGGCUCCAACUUAUUUCAUCAUUGAUCCUACUCGAUUUUCUCUCUGGAGCCACUUAUUGCGAACCACAACCUUCAUUAUCCGAGCAAUCAACAAGUUUCGAAAGUCAGGCAAAUCCGGAAUCCUUACAUCGGAAGAAUUUCAAGCGGCUGAAAAUGUGCAGAUGAAUAUGCAGCGUUGA